AUGAUAUUUGGAUUAGGAAGGUUAUUUUAUGUUAUCCUAUUGUUGAUCAAUGCAGUUGCUGUACUAAGUGAAGAGAGGUUUCUCAGAAGGAUCGGUCUGGGGAGAAGUAGCAACGAUCAACCAGUAUUUGGACAAGAAGGCGAUACAACGAAAUCGAAAGUCAUACAGCUUAUUGGUGCCGUCCAAACAUUGUUGAGAAUUCCUUUGAUUGGUAUCAAUAUUCUCGUGAUUAUUUAUGAGUUGUUACUAGGUUAA